UGUUCAGUUGACGGAGUGCACACGCACACCAGUUCAGGAUAUAAAUUCACCACCAAAAAUAUUCUAUCUCUUCAACUCGCAUCGCAAUUCUUUGCCGUCAUCAAUUUAAAACCAACAAAGGGGACCGCCUUUUUCCGGGACUAGCAGACUUCUCAUCUGUUCUACCACCACAGCAGAAUCUAUUUGUUUCUUCCUUCUGGAUCUCCGUCGAAACUCUCAGGUCUAACUUAGGGUGUCACUGACAGAUGUCAUCAUACGCCAUAACAGGGGCAGCUCGGGGGAUUGGCUUUGAAUUUGUCAACCAACUCUCUGCUGAUUCGAGGAACACCAUUUUCGCCCUUGUACGCAGUGAGGCCACUGCGAGCAAGCUUACGGACCUAGGAAGGCAUAAUAUCCAUAUUAUCCAGGCUGAUAUCACUGACAACAAGGCUCUGAAGUAUGCUGCUGCAGAGAUUUCUCGGUCAACAGGCAACUCGCUCGACUACUUGAUUAAUAACGCUGGCUUCGUAGAGUCUGAGAGAGCUGGUUUGACUCUCGAUUCUUACUCCUCAGAAGAGUCGCUUACCAAGGAUCUCCUGGAUUCGUUCAACAUCAACGUCGUCGGUGUCAUUAACACCAUCAACAUAUUCCUUCCGCUACUCAAGAACGGGAAAGCAAAGAAGGUCAUCACUAUCACUAGCGGAUUGGGAGAUCUUGAUGCGACGAUGGUCGCUGAACUCUCCACCUCUGCGCCAUACUCCAUCUCGAAAGCCGCGGUUAAUAUGGUGAAUGCCAAAUAUGCCGCUCAAUACAAGCCAGAGGGCUUUGUCUUCUUGGCGCUUAGCCCAGGACUUGUGGACACUAGCACCAGGGCCCCCACUGACAAGGAACUGCAAGAGUUUAUGGCAAUGAUUGGGAAAUUCAAAAAGCUCUCCCCCGAUUUCACGGGGCCGAUUACGCCAGAAACAUCUGUCCGAAUGCAGCUUGAGGUCAUCAAUUUGAUCACCGUCAAUGACACGGGCGCAUUCAUCUCACAUAAAGGGAACAAGGAAUGGUUGUAAGUUGGGAAAUUUGAUAGGCUCCAGUUUUGUACUAUAAAUUAUACAAACGAUCCGCUCGCCUGCAGACGGCUCAGUCGUGUAUAUGGUCAUCCUCUUGGAAUGCUUUACAACAUCAAUGAAGAGUGAACUACGUUCCCCGGUUCUCUUCAAUCGUCCCUGAAAACCA